AUGGCAUCUGUCUUCCGGAGUGAAGAGAUGUGUCUGUCCCAACUUUUUCUCCAGGUGGAGUCUGCCUAUUGCUGUGUUGCAGAACUCGGAGAGCUGGGACUGGUUCAGUUCAGAGAUUUGAAUGCAAACGUGAACAGCUUCCAAAGAAAGUUUGUGAAUGAAGUACGAAGAUGUGAGUCCUUGGAAAGGGUACUUCGCUUUCUGGAGAGUGAAAUGGGGGAUGACAUCCUGCUUCUUAAGCCUGGGAAGUAUCCAGAGACUCCGCUACCUCGAGAGAUGAUUGACUUAGAGGCUGUUUUGGAGAAACUGGAAAGUGAGCUGCAAGAGGCCAACCAGAACUUGCAGGCAUUGAGGCAAAACUUCCUAGAACUCACUGAACUAAAGCACCUCCUCAAGAAAACUCAGGACUUCUUUGAGACAGAAACUAAUUUGCCUGAUGAUUUCUUCAAUGAAGACACCUCAGGAUUGUUAGAGCUGAGAAGUAGUCCUGCAGCAGUAGCUGCAAAACUGGGAUUCAUAGCAGGCGUGAUCAAAAGGGAACGGUUGGUACCAUUUGAGCGUUUGCUGUGGAGAGCCUGCCGCGGAAACAUCUAUCUGAGGUUCAGUGAAAUGGAUGCAGUUCUGGAAGAUCCUAUCACUAAAGAAGAGAUGAAAAAGAAUGUGUUCAUUAUAUUCUAUCAAGGGGAGCAGCUCAGACAGAAAAUCAAAAAGAUUUGUGAUGGGUUCCGUGCCACAAUGUACCCAUGUCCAGAGUCAGUUGCAGAGCGCCGGGAAAUAGCUGCUGGUGUGAACACAAGAAUUGAGGAUCUUAACACGGUGAUCACCCAAACAGAGACCCAUCGCCAGGGGCUGUUGAAAGAUGCGUCUGCGAACCUGUGGAGCUGGGGGAUCAAGGUGAAGAAAAUGAAGGCUAUCUACCACAUCCUGAACUCUUGCAACAUCGACGUCACGCAGCAGUGUGUCAUCGCUGAGAUCUGGUUCCCUGUGUUAGACACAGGCAGGAUAAAAAGAGCUCUGAAUAAAGGAAUGGAACGCAGCGGCUCUGCAAUCAACCCAAUCCUGACCACUAUUCAGACCAAGAUGUCUCCUCCUACCUUCAACAGAACCAAUAAGUUCACCUCAGGUUUUCAGAACAUAGUUGAUGCCUAUGGAGUGGGUAAUUACAGAGAGAUAAAUCCAGCCCCCUACACGAUCAUUACCUUCCCUUUCCUCUUUGCGGUGAUGUUUGGAGAUUGCGGCCACGGCACGGUCAUGCUGGCCUUCGCUCUUUGGAUGAUCAGCAACGAGAAGUCCCUCUUAGCCCAGAAGAGCACCAACGAGAUCUGGAACACCUUUUUCAGUGGCCGCUACCUGAUCCUCCUGAUGAGCAUUUUCUCCAUCUAUACUGGCUUCAUCUACAAUGAUUGCUUCUCCAAGUCAUUCAACAUAUUUGGGUCUUCCUGGCAUGUCCGCCCCAUGUACAAUAACGGCGGAUGGACGGAUGAAAUUGUGCAUUCCCAUGAGUACCUUCAGCUGAACCCAGCACAUCCAGGAGUGUACUCUGGAAACCCUUAUCCCUUUGGGAUCGAUCCGAUCUGGAACAUUGCAAACAACAAGCUGACUUUCUUGAACUCCUACAAAAUGAAGAUGUCUGUCAUUAUGGGGAUCACACACAUGGUCUUUGGGGUGAUACUCAGUCUCUUCAACCAUGUUUAUUUCAGGAAUACCAUCAACAUCAUCCUGCAGUUCAUUCCAGAGAUGAUCUUCAUCCUCUGCCUGUUUGGUUACCUUGUUUUCAUGAUUAUUUUCAAGUGGUGCCGGUACGAUGCCAAAGGUGCUGAGUUUGCCCCGAGCAUCCUUAUCCACUUCAUCAACAUGUUUCUCUUUAGUUACAAUGACCAGACGAAUCGUCCCUUAUACGAACAUCAGCAAGAAGUACAAACCUUUCUGGUCAUUCUUGCCCUGAUUUCUAUUCCUUGGAUGCUCCUGAUUAAACCCUUCAUUCUUCGAGCCAAUCACCAGAGAGCUCAGCGCAUGCUGCAUUCAUCUGAAUUGACGGAGAGUCCCACUGGCGAUAUUGAGGUGGAGAUCAUGGAGUCCAACAACUCUAAGAAAGCAAGUCUGGAAGAUCACAGUGGUGGUGGUCAUGGAGGACAUGGUGAACACGGGGAAGAGUUCAACUUUGGAGACAUCUUUGUCCACCAGUGCAUUCACACCAUUGAAUACUGUCUGGGUUGCAUUUCCAACACGGCUUCCUACCUUCGGCUCUGGGCACUCAGUCUGGCCCAUGCACAGCUCUCAGAGGUCCUCUGGACCAUGGUGUUAAAGGAAGCAUUCCAGAUUGCCAACUGGGUUGGCCUCAUUGUGGUCUUCAUUAUCUUUGCUGUCUUUGCAUGUCUGACUGUAGCCAUUCUUCUUGUAAUGGAAGGCCUCUCUGCAUUCCUGCAUGCACUGAGACUCCACUGGGUAGAGUUCCAGAACAAAUUUUAUGCUGGCUCAGGUUAUGCAUUCACCCCAUUCUCCUUUAAGACCAUCAUAGAAGGAACUGAAGAAUGA